GGGAUGGCUGCGGAAGAAGAGGAGGAGGUGGAGUGGGUGGUGGAGAGCAUCGCAGGCUUUCUACGAGGCCCGGACUGGUCCAUCCCCAUCUUGGACUUUGUGGAGCAGAAAUGUGAAGUUUUUGAUGAUGAAGAGGAAAGCAAAUUGACUUAUACAGAGAUUCAUCAGGAAUACAAAGAAUUGGUUGAAAAGCUGCUAGAAAGUUAUCUCAAAGAGAUUGGAAUUAAUGAAGACCAAUUUCAAGAAGCAUGCACUUCUCCUCUUGCAAAGACUCACACAUCACAGGCCAUUUUACAACCUGUGCUGGCAGCAGAAGAUUUUAGUAUCUUUAAAGCAAUGAUGGUCCAGAAAAACAUUGAAAUGCAGCUACAAGCCAUUCGGAUAAUUCAAGAGAGAAAUGGUGUGUUACCUGACUGUUUGACAGAUGGUUCAGAUGUGGUCAGUGACCUUGAACAGGAAGAAAUGAAAAUCCUGAGGGAAGUUCUUAGAAAAUCAAAAGAGGAAUAUGACCAGGAAGAAGAAAGGAAGAGAAAACAGUUAUCAGAGGCUAAGACAGAAGACCCCUCAGUGCGUGCUGGUGAAGUUACAAAGGUGAAUAACUUCCAAGGAGAUGGUGAACACUUUGUACAGCCACCCUCGGAAGUGAAAGCACAUUUUGCUCAUCAGUCAGUACAACCCUUAGCAAGAAAGCUGGAAGUGUUGCCUGAAUCUUCUUCCCUCCCACGAAAAAGCCCGAAGAUGCCUGGCUUAGAACAUGCAAGCAUGGAAGGACCAAUAGCGAAUUUAUCAGCACUUGGAACAGAAGAGCUGCGGCAACGAGAACACUACCUCAAGCAGAAGCGAGACAAGUUAAUGUCUAUGAGAAAGGAUAUAAGGACUAAGCAGAUAAAUACUGAGCAAACAGGAAAACCUGCUGGGGAGGUAGAGGAAAUGACAGAGAAACCAGAAAUGACAGCAGAGGAGAAGCAAACAUUAUUAAAGAGGAGACUGCUUGCAGAGAAACUUAAAGAAGAAGUUAUUAAUAAGUAAUUUUAUGAAAUAAAAGCAAAAGAGGUCACAUUUUCUUUAAAAUAUAAUAUUUAAACUCUUAAAUUGAG